CGGUGGCCUAGCACGAUGCAGCCGAGGGUCGUCAAGCCACCUGGGCAGGAUUUCGCAGUGGAGCGCCUCAAAAGCCGCUACGGGCUGGGUGGCUGCCGCCCGGCCGAGUAUUCUGUUUCAAGUUUUGAUCAGACUAAAUCUAAGAGAAGAUCUCUAACCUCCCCAGAUGACUUGGAUGUCUACUCAUCGGGAGAUAAAGUUGAUUCCUUAUUAAGAUGGUAUUCUGAUGAAAGAAAGCAUUCCACUAUACCUCUUUAUAGUUCAUCCAAGCACUUCAAUAUGAACUGCCUAGAUGAUGAACUGGAUUCUUUUCAUAAUUUGAAGCAACGGGAAACAGAAGUAGCAUUAAUUGAGAAGGAUCAUAGAGUUAAUAACUCCAAAAUAACCAAGCAGUCUUUUAAAGAAGUAGAAAAAGCAGUAGCCUGGCCAACUAAUUUUGCCUCAAAUUCAAGAAAUUGGACUGAAUGUUGUAGUGAUGUAAGUGACUCUCCUUUGAAACGUGUCAGUUAUCCAACAUCUAAAGCAUCAAAUAAGCAGAGUUUACUUCCAUAUCAGAUCAAUCAGAUAUAUGAUGAAUUAUUCCAAAUACAUCAGAAACUGCAGUGUGAAACUGCAGCACAACAGGAAUUUGCUGAAGAACUUCAGAAGCGAGAACAUUUUUUAGUUGAAAGAGAAGAACUGCUGUUCAGACAUGAAACUGCCUUGAGCAAAAUCAAAGGUGUGGAAGAAGAAGUUCUUACAAGAUUUCAGAUUAUGAAGGAGUUACUUCAUGAAACACAGUUAAAAAUUCAAUAUGUGGAUCAUCUAAGGCAACAUGAUGCAGAAGUUGCACACUUAACUGAGGUUCUCAAGGAUAAGAACAAAGAAAGCAAGAGGCUAAGGUCUUCUUUUGAUGCUUUGAAAGAAUUGAAUGAUAACUUAAAAAAACAGUUAAAUGAAGUAAGUGAAGAAAACAAGAAGAUGGAGAUUCAGGCUAAAAGAGUUCAAGCUCGUUUAGAUAAUUUACAGAGGAAGUAUGAAUUUAUGACAAUACAGAGAUUGAAAGGAAAUUCCCAUGCUGUUCAUGAAAUGAAAAGUUUAAGACAAGAAAAAGUACCAGUUUCAAAAACAUAUAAGGUACCACUUAAUGCACAAGUUUAUGAACUUUUAACUGUCUUCAUGGAUUGGAUUUCGGAUUAUCACCUUAGCAAAUUGAAAAGUGAAGAAUCUGGGAUGGAUGGUGAAAAGCUGCAAUUUAAAUUUGCUUCUCAGAGAAAUGAUAUUCAGGAGAAGUGUAUAAAGCUUUUGCCUGUGAUGACAGAGCAACUACAGUGGAUGCCAUUUGUGAAUGCCAAACUUCAUGAGCCUUUUGUAAAAUUUAUAUAUUGGUCUCUACGGCAACUAGAAGCUGGAACACUGCAUUCAACUAUGACAUCAACAUUGAGGAGAUUGGGUGAAGACAUAUUCAAAGGAGUAGUAAAGGGAAUUCAGGAUAAUUCUUUGGAACAUUCUAUGGAGAAUAAACCAAAGACAGCUGCUUUCUUUAGGAGUUCCAAUUUGCCAUUGAGAUUUUUGUCAACUUUAAUUGUUCUCAAAACAGUCACUCAAGCUGACUACCUGGCUCAGGCAUUUGAUUCUCUUUGUUUGGACUUGAAGACAGAUGAAGGAAAAAUCUUAUUUUUGGAGUAUCAAGCUGUUCCAGUAAUAUUAAAUCACCUAAGAAUAUCCAGUAAAGGGCUCUUAUCCAAUGUCAUUGAUAGUUUGCUUCAGAUGACAGUGGAAUCCAAAUCCUUGCAGCCUUUCCUGGAAGCCUGUAGCAACACUCUGUUUUUUCGUACUUGUUCUGUGCUGCUUCGAACCCCUAAGCUUGAUCUUCAAAUACUAGAAAAACUCAGUAUUAUUCUACAGAAACUUUCUAAAAUCAAGAGUAAUAAGAAGUUCUUUGAACUUUUUACAAUUCAUCUGAUGCUUCAGGAAAUACAAAGGACAACACAUCCAGAACAUGCCUUUCUCUGUAUUAACCUAAAUUCAACUCUGUUCAAUUUGGGUUUAACGAAAUGCAACUCCCUGGCCUCCAAUUCAAGCCAUUAGACUGGCUUAUUAUUA